UGGCAUUGAAGGUCUAAAAAUUAAACAAGAAAAUAUUUAACUGAAAUGCAUACACACAUAGGCCUGUCUAUAGAUGCUUAUUUAUUGGACGUAAAGGAAGAACAAAUGCAGUUAUGAGAAUAUAUAGCAGAGACGACCACUUAGUGGUUAAAAUGAGGUCAAAAUUUAGUAGCUUACAAAAACAAAGAACAUGUCUUUCAUGUAUUUUCGAGGAUCUUUUAUAGAUGUGGUAAACUAGUAUCUUAUCGACCUUGAUCAUCUAUGAAGAAAUGUUAUGGCUCACGAAUACCAGGUUUCAUAUGCGUUUCUUCUGUGUUUGUAUUCGCAGCUGCACAGACUCUCUGUUUUGUGUUAUUUAGCGCAUCUCUUCUUCACUGUGGUCAGAUUUUUUUGAAAGAGGUGUUGUGUCGGGUAGAUAUAUACAAACAACAUGUGACUUUAUUUCCUGUGGUUGGGACAAACAGAAGGCCCUCAAAAUAACAUUGCAUUCGACUUUAAAGACGAGAAGCAUUUAGACACUUGUGUUGCACGACACCUAUACGGUUACUCUCCCACACUUGAGAACUGACUUCAUACAUUCACUAAAAAUAACUCGUUUGGUUAAAAUCAUUUAGUUAAAAGUGAAUGCAAACUGUACAAUUUGUGGCUCAAGUUUUAAUAUCAAUUUAUUUAAAAAAAAAAAAAAAAAAAAAAAAAAAAAAAGAAAAAGAACAUUUCUUUACAAAUAUUCAUUGACAAAAAUCUGUUAGGCCGAAGUCAGAAUGUUGAAUCUGCAAAGACGAUGACCUGUGACCUCAUGGAAUCUAGCUUUUCUUAUUUACACAAAAUUGCAUACAACAUACGCCGUUAGUCUCAGCAUCUAGUUUCCAUGCAAAAGUGACAUCUAUCAGGAAGUCAUGCAAAUGAACUCAGUUACGUUCAGAGCAGCUCUUCAGAACUGCAUGGGUGCCACUGGAGUACACAUCUCUUCUCGUUAACUCGUCCUCUCUUCAUCAUGAUAAACACCUUUCACUCUAGCUACAAUCCCCCUCCGGUACCUCCACGGGCAGGAUACAGCAAACCCCAGCCACCGGGAAAUACACCUAUGGUCAAGUUUUUGUCAGUGAUGCUGCUGCUGUUAAUGAUACUGACCUUCGGAGGCUUCCUCUACCUGUUCCAGAAACUCAACGUGGAGCUCCGGGGGAGUUAUCAAGAAAAUAUACUGAGACUAGAGGACUGUGUGAAUGACAAAUUGGGAGAAGACUCAGUGGCAGAAUGUAGCCAACUGAUGCAAAAAUAUAAAGAUGUCAUGGCAAAGGUUUCGCAAGCAAACGAAAAAGUGUCUAGGUUAACUGGAGGGACGUCUUUCAAUGGACCGGCUGCACACAUGGUUCUUCUGAGCCCACAUAAAGAUACGAAUUCAGAGUUCCUAAGGUCAAACUAUCUUCUUUGGGAUCGAGAUGAUUCACUGCUACAGGACGUCGGGCUUAACAGCAAAAGGAACAUGUUGACCAUUCACAAUCCUGGAAUCUAUUUCAUCUAUUCCCAAGUCACCUUCUCCAAACAUGCAAAAAAUGCAUUAAUGCAAGCCGUAAGGAGCCCAGAACCCAAGAAAGAGAAAGACAAGGAGCUACUCAAGUCUUUUUGCAGCUUGAAUCCAAGCAAACCAAAUUUGUGUACAGCCUCCCUGGUGGGGGUUUUUCGACUACAGAAAGACCAACAGCUCUAUGUCGCAGUAACAAACACAUCUUUGGUGAACAGGGACUCCUGCAGCUUUGGAUUAUUUAAAUUACGGUAAAGAACACUCUGGACCUGAACCGGUCAAGGGGGAGAAGGAUGAUAUGAGACUGUCAGGGGAUUGGCUGGAUCAAGGCACUAUAAUUAAAUGGAUAAUUAUACAGUGAAGUAUGUGGCAUCUCAAAAGAUUUCAUCUCCAGGGAAAGUCAUUGCAUGCUCUUCUCUUUGACGUCAAUCCACAAUCCAAGUUCAGGACAAACAAGGAAAUCACAAAAGUCUUUCUGAAUAUGGAAACAUUCUGGAAUUUCCUUUUAUCUAUGUUCAUUGCAAAUAGAAUUUUAUAAGAAUACCAUGAAUGUUUUCAAACCACUAGUGGCAGUGUUUGUAUGAAAUUAUUUAUUGCUUAUUUAGUUUCUCUUUUUACUAUUUGCUCUUCUUUUUUUAUAACAACAAUAAUAAUAAACUAUUGAAUUAAUAA